CUCCCUGCUCCGGGACAUUUAACCCUGAAGGAAGAUGCUGCCCAGAGGCAGAGAGAGGAGGGAAACUGAGUGGGACGGUCCAGCCUCUCCCGUGGCAGCAGGUACCCGUGGCAGCCAGGGGUGGUGAGGUAGCAGGCUGGCUCCGAGCUCACUAGCAGGCAGAGAGGCCCUGCAGUGGAAUGAAAGGAAAGAAAGGCAUCUGGCCCGUGGUUCAACCAGAGAACUAGACAUUUCAGGAGUCAGCAUAGUAAUCCGGGGGAUUCGGUGACCAUGAGGCUGGAGGAAAAGCUUGAGAAAAAUGGGCACGUUGGAGGGAGGCCGGAGCGCUGUCUCAGUGAGGCGCCCCAGGAGAACCAGAAGCCCAGAGCAAACGGAAAAGCCGCCUGCCCUGCAAAGCAGGAGGCAAACGGCAAGCUUGACAUGCCCGGGAGAAGUCUCAACGUGUACACCUGGCAGGAGGUCCAGAGACACAGGCAGGAGGGCGACCAGUGGCUGGUGAUCAACCGAAAGGUCUACGAUGUCAGCCAGUGGGCGUCCAGGCAUCCAGGUGGGAGCCGGGUCCUCAGCCACUGUGCCGGGGAAGACGCCACGGACACCUUCAGGGCCAUGCACCUGAACCUGGAUGUGGUGAAGCUGUACCUGAAGCCGCUGCUCAUUGGAGAGCUCGCCCCAGGAGAGCCCAGCCAGGAGAGAAACAAAAAUCCCCAGCUGGUGGAAGACUUUCGAGAGCUGCGCAGGACACUAGAGGCUCUGAACAUGUUCGAGGCCAACGUGGGCUUCUUCCUUCUCCACCUCGCCCAGAUCCUGGUUUUAGAGGCCCUGGCCUGGCUCAUCCUGUGUCGCUUUGGCAAUGGCUGGACUGUUACCGUGUUCAUUUCUGUUCUUCUCACAGUUUCCCAGGCUCAGAGCUCGUUUUUGCAGCACGACUUAGGACACCUCACCAUGUUUAAGAAGUCCACAUGGAACCAUGUGAUGCAUAAACUUGUCAUGUGCCACCUCAAGGGCAUGUCUACAAACUGGUGGAAUUACCGACACUUCCAACAUCACAUAAAGCCAAACAUUUACCCCAAAGACCCGGAUAUUGACGCGGGCCCACUGUUUCUGCUUGGAGAGUCCCAACCCGUCAAGUACGGCAAGAAGAAAAUCAGAUUCAUCAACUAUGAAAAGCAGCACCUGUACUUCUACAUGGUCGGGCUCCCGUUCCUCAUGCCUGCAUAUUUCAAUGGGCAAUCCAUGCAAGUGAUGUACCUUCGGAAGUACUGGGCGGACAUUGUGUUCGUCAGCAGCUUUUACAUCCGACACUUCAUCACGUUUGGCCCUUUCUACGGGAUUUUUGGAACCUUGAUGCUCAUAUAUUUGGUCAAGUUUCUUGAAAGUCCCUGGAUAGCAUAUGUUACCCAGAUGAGCCACAUACCAAUGAGAAUGAGCAAGGAGGAGAACCGCGACUGGCUCAGCACUCAGGUCUUGGCCACCUGUAAUGUUGAGCAAUCUUUUUUCAAUGACUGGUUCACUGGGCACCUGAACUUCCAAAUCGAGCACCAUCUCUUCCCCACCAUGCCGUGCCAUAAUUACCACAAAGUGGCCCCGCUGGUGAGGUCGCUGUGCGCCAAGCACGGGCUGCAGUACGUGAAUAAGCCCAUGUUGACAGCGUUUGGAGACAUCGUCAGGGCCUUGAAGAGGUCUGCCGCCCUCUGGAUGGAUGCUUACUACGAAUGAUGUGGCACCAGGUGGUGGCCCAUUGUAUCUCUGAAGUUGGUUGGUGAAUGUGCACGAGGUCCUUGCUGUUUAACUGGGAAUUAACUGGCACCACUGGCACACCCACAUCUGCCAAGAAUGUGAACUUGAGGACACGUGUCAACCCCUCCCCUGGAGGCUUCACAAGCAAGGGGCAGAAGAAGCACAAGAUGACCCUGGCUGGGUGGCAAAAGGGAAAUGGGAACUCACUGUUUUUACUUUUUCAUUGUGAUCGUGAAUUUAGUCUACCAAUAAACCUUAGAUCACCUCACUGAAGAGGCAUAAGUACAGGAAUGAGGUAAAAUUUUCCCAGAGAAAAUGGACACAGGAGGAAGAAGACCAAAGGAGACUUGUCUGAUAGAGUAUUUUUUAAUUGAGUUUAUUGGU